UAUAACAAGCACUGCUGAACCAUUGCGAGCUCUUCUCGUCGGCGGUUGCGGAUCUCGGAGUUCGUCGGCGAUGUCGAAGCGAGGGCGUGGAGGGUCAGCCGGGAACAAGUUCCGGAUGUCACUGGGUCUCCCAGUGGCAGCAACCGUGAACUGUGCUGAUAACACAGGGGCAAAGAACCUCUACAUCAUCUCCGUGAAGGGGAUUAAGGGUCGUCUCAAUAGGCUUCCAUCAGCCUGUGUUGGUGACAUGGUGAUGGCCACUGUCAAGAAGGGCAAACCUGAUUUAAGGAAGAAGGUCAUGCCAGCUGUCAUCGUGAGACAGCGCAAGCCAUGGCGCCGAAAGGAUGGAGUCUUUAUGUACUUUGAGGAUAAUGCUGGUGUCAUAGUGAACCCAAAGGGAGAAAUGAAAGGUUCAGCGAUUACAGGACCAAUUGGAAAGGAAUGUGCUGAUCUAUGGCCUAGAAUUGCAAGCGCUGCCAAUGCUAUUGUCUAAUGUUUACCUUUUGCUCUGUUUUUAUUAGUUAAUUGUUACAACUUUGUGGUUCUAUUUUUGAGAAUUAUCCCGCCAGCAACAUCUGUGAUGAUUAAUUAAAUGGAAGAUUUAUAUCUAUUGAGCCUAGUUAA